UGGAAAUGCUGCUAGAGAUAAUAAGAAGACUAGGAUAAUUCCAAGGCAUAUACAGCUUGCGGUGAGGAAUGACGAGGAACUCAGUAAGUUGUUGGGGAAGGUGACAAUUGCUAACGGUGGAGUUUUGCCCAAAAUUCAUACAAAUUUGCUGCCUAAGAAGAAUGGAAAGGGGAAGCCAGAAGUCGGAACCCAAUCACAGGAAUUUUAGACUCUGCUGUUAAAUUAGUUUGUUGGGUAGGCAGGUUUAAUAUGUUUUUGUGAAUUAGUAGUAAUAUGUCGUUCUGAGCUUGCCUUUUGAUAUGGUUAUAGCCAUCUAUGUGAAUGAGAAGUUUGUUUCUAGUACAAUCAAACCUGUACUAUUAGUUUCAAGUUUCAA